CUGUUGCUUUCGAUUGUUGUCCGAGUCCGAGUAAAGUUCAGCGGAAAUUAAAGUUAAAAUUUUAAAGCUACAUUUUCAUUAAAGUGUUACAAUAAAAGUAGUAAUUUUUGAUAAUAAUAGUGCCUUCAUACAUUCCUAGCGUGAUGGACAAUUAUGGCACAAUGAACAAUUCAUACGGAAACAUUGUGUACAGUGGUCAGAUUAGUGAAAUUACACAACUGCAAAAUCAAACAGUGCAGUAUCAAUAUCAGCAACAAGAGCAACAGCAGUACUUCGACGGAUUGAAGGAAAAUCAGUACCAGGGGCGGGAAACCAUUAUCGCUAAUACUGUCACGGCUCAAGCGCCCGGUACGUACGUCGAACAAGUGAAUUAUCAGACAACGGAACAAGGAUACUCUGUUGCAAUGGAACAACCGGCACCUGUUGAAAAUCAUGAUGGUCAAGUGGAGACACUUGAUGAAAACCAUCAAACAACUGCCGAAGUCCAAGAACCGGUUACGGAGGAACCCGCGGUUGACACAAAUGGUCAGCAAGAAGAACAUAUGGAAGAAGAACAUUUAGAAGAAGAGAAGGAAGCGUCUGAAGAUAAGAAAGAUGAAGUUGAAAAUGCCGAGGAAGAACCUAAGGAAGAUACUACGGAUAAACCUGCCGUAGAAGAUAAUAAGGAUGAGACAAAGGAGGAGGUGAAAGAGGAAGAAGUAAAAGAUGAAGCCGGCAAAGCUAAAGUUGUUCGUCGAAAAGAUGGUACACCUGCAGAUUUGGAUAUUUGCCGAGUUUGCCAAUCGAAAGAGGAACUGGGUGAUAUUUUCGAAUUCGAAACCUCCGUUAGAAUUUGUGAUUUGAUUAUGAAGUUAUGCACCAACGUUCGCAUUGCUGAACGUGAUCAUCUGCCGCACAAGAUCUGCAAAAGUUGUGUCGAAAAGCUCAGAAUAGCGCACGAUUUCAAGACCCUCUGUGAAAAUACAGACAAGGAGCUACGGCAAACGUUGAAGCGAAGCUACAAGUCCAGAAGGACUACCGAUUUCGUGAUUGUUAACUGUCCCAUGUCAGAUGAGGACAAGAGUGACGAGGAACCGCAAGAUGAUGAUGAAUAUAAAGUUUCUCAAUCGGAAGUUGAAUCAGAACCAGUAACAUCAGACGAUAGUUUUGCACCUUCUCCCAAGAAAAAGAAGACUCCUAAGCGACGAGGACGCAGACAAAGGAGCGAGCCGACACCAGUUGAACCGCCGGUUAAGCGGAGAAGAGGGCGGCAACCUGGAUAUAGCCCCAAAGCUGCAGCCGCAGCAAAGACAUCCAAAUCACCUGUGAAGGCGGCUGUUAUUGAGGAUACUCCCCGUCGCCGUGGUCGCCCUCCAAAGAAUCGAUCUCCUGGUCUUGCUAAUGUGGUCUAUAUUGAGGCGCCUGAUCCCAGCUCAUCGGAUAGUGAGGAUGACAAGCCGAUCCGACCCCGAAAAACACACGACUGCAACAAGUGUGACGAAACGUUCAAAACCGGUGUUGAGCUUAAAGAGCAUCUCCAAACCCAUAAAGGUGACCUCUUCCCCUGUACAAAAUGUGAGAAAACCUUCAAAUCAAAAGUCUAUCUGUCGAACCACCUGGAACGGCACACACAGGACGAGAAGAAGCGCGAAGAAAAGCUGAAGGCAAAGGAAAUGAAGAAGCAACAACAACGACUCAAGGAGAUCCAGAAGCGCAAGGAGCACGAAGAACGUCUCAAACGGCAAAAGUCCCAAACUGGCAGCGCGGAGAAGAAGAAAAAAGUGGAAGCAUCACCGGUUGGCACCGGAAGGGAUCUGUUCAAGUGCGUGGCUCCGCUGACUUCCACCUACUGGAGCGACAGCUUUUCGGAUUAAGGCAACAACGGUCGGACUACUGUCGGAUGUAUGGCUAUCGUGUGCGUUUAGCUAUUGGAAGCGUGUGAGCAUCCCGAUGAAUGAAUCGCAAAGUUCGAACCACGGUGCCAUUGAGAUCGUCGGCGAGUGAAACACUAAAAGUUUAGAUUUUCGGUUCCCAUUUAUUUUUGACUACGUGAUCGACGUAGACAUUUUUUUUUCUUCUUGCGUGGAGAAGGACCUUUAGCCGUCUUUCGAUUCGUUUGCGUCAAAGAACCGCUUUGAACGUGACACUUCUAACGGUGUGUAAAUAUCAUACUGAAUUAUUUUAAACCCCCAGAGUAAUAAAAACAAAACUACUAAUAAACAUAUGUCUAGCGAGAGCGAAAGGUACAGUGAGUGGUACUAUAACAUAAAGAAAAUAGGAUAAGGUAGAUUGAAUGUAAGGUCUUUGAUUAUAUUGCUGCUAACUGAUAUUGAGAGAAAUCUAUCGUCACACGUUUAGUUAGGCUACAGGUUGCACCGGCAUAUCUUCUUUCAUACAUCUUUGUUUUUAGAACAAUCAAGAAACAAUCGACAAAAUCAUACUAAGAGAUGUAUAAGUUUAUGAUACUACAAGUACUACAGCCACAAAACAAAUCUAAGCUGUUUAUUUAAGUGCAAUGUUCAUCCCAGACGCAAAAAAAAAAAAACAAAUCCAUUUUAUAAGAUGAACAAAUGUAAAACAUUCAGAACCGAUUGAAACCAGCAUACUUUUUCACGAGGAUAGAAGAAUUUUAGGUUGUCAAACGAUACUAGUAAGCAUUUGGAUUCCUCUUCAGAACGCAUUCGAUAAAUAAAAUAUAAAACUGGUGAAAUAA